ACAGUUAUUGUCAAAUAAUUUAAAUGUCAGUUUUCCAAGUUGAUAUUUGAAGAAGAAAAAAAAAAAGCAGCUGAUUUUCUCCUCAGUAUUGAUCAUGAAGUAAUUAAAAGUCUGGUUUGAUGACUCUGUAUGAUUGUCAUCUUUUCUCACACAGCGAGUCAACCAAUCCUGUCACUUGCUGCACUGCAGGUCCUCUUCAGCCUCAACAUCUGGUACUUUGCAGCCUUCUACGUGGCCGAAAUUCUCAUAUUCAUCUAUAAAGGGAUUUUACUUCCCUACCCAUCAAACAACCUGAUUCUGGAUGUGGUUCUGCUGAUUCUCUUCCUGGGCCUGGAGUCCCUCAGGAUCUUCUAUGGCUGGAAGGGGAACCUGUGUGAACAGACUCUGUCCUCCAGUGUCUCGCUUGUCAUCCUGCUGCCGUGCGUCACACUGGCCGUCUACUACUUGCUGCUGCAGACCUUCGUCCUGCGGCUCGAGGUCAUCCUCAACGCUGUCCUGCUCUGCUUCUACGGGCUGGAGUUCCUGCUCGGCCUCCUGUCCCUCUCGGCCUUCUCCAGGUGGGUGGCUGGUGUUGAUCUGACAACCUGCCUUACGUUGAGUCUUCAGUUCAAUUUAAAAAACAAAUCAUAAUCUGACUAUAAAUCUGAUUGUCUUCAUCUGGAGAGAAAAUUUAUAUUUUUCCUUCUUGCAGGUCCAGAGUGUACUGAAGCAGGCGCAUGUGCAAGGUGCCUCGUCACCUGAAACAGAGCAUCGGGGCAGGUCAGAGGUCGGCCUGGUCCAGUAAAAUGUACAGAUGAUAUGCUGUAAAUGUCUCUUUUCAUACAUUUGAUGAUGUAAAUAUCUAGCGUUUAUUUUAUAUGAACUAUUUUCAAAUGGACUCUGAGGUGUAACGGACCAAUGCAGCGCUUCUUCAUUUUGGAUUCAUCAACAAUAAAUGUAUUUGAAAAGGCAACAAUUUAAAACACAC